AUGACAAUAGUGGUUGUGACCGGUGGAACUGGGUACGUGGGUACGCAUUGCGUAGCCGAACUUCUUCGGCAGGGAUAUCAUGUUCGGGCUACUGUACGAGAUGCUAAAAAAGAGGCUUUAUUGAAAGAUGCACUUAAGCAAGCCGCAGUUGACCCCGAAGAUCGAAUCGAAUAUAUGGUGGCUGAUUUGCAAGAUGAUUCGGGAUGGGCAGAGGUGAUGCAGGGAGCGACCUAUGUGUGUCAUGUGGCUUCUCCGGUUCCUUCGUCACAAAAUCCUCAUGCUGAAUCCAUGAUUGCUACUGCUGUGGAAGGGACUAAAAGGGUGUUAAAAUUUGCAUCCGAAUCAAAAUCGGUAAAGAGGGUUGUACAAACGUCCUCUUCUGCUGCUGUUACAGCCUCAAAAGUUCCCAAAGACAUCUACACCGAGGAUGACUUUUCUGAUGAAAGUACCACCAAAGAUGCGUAUAUCAAGUCUAAAGCCAAAUCCGAGAGAGCUGCAUGGGAGUUUGUCAGAUCCAAAAACAAUAUGGAGUCUUCUCAUCCAAUUGAGUUGGUGGUGUUGAACCCCGUGGGAAUCUAUGGUCCAGUUUAUGAUAGAAGCAAGGCACCUUCUUCGGUUAUUAUUAUUGACUUUUUUGCCAAGGGAAAACUUAAAUGGGUGUGUCCCGAUGUUGCAUAUGGUAUUGUAGAUGUAAGGGAUGUUGCUAAACUACAUAUCUUGGCAAUGGAGAAGCCGGAAGCAAAGAAUGAACGGUUUAUUCUUAGCGAAUCAGAGAAGGUUUAUUCACUUGUGGAUAUUGCAAACAUGAUGAAACCCGAACUUACUCAACAACAGAUCAGCAACUUGCCCAAAUCAGCCACUUCCAGUUAUUUGAUCAGAGCGUUGUCAUAUAUCGUUCCACCAUUGAGGGCUUCGGUGCCUCUUUUGGGAUUACGUCAAUCUUGUUCGCUGAAAAAAGCACAGGAAUUUUUUGAUUGGACUCCAAUUCCCGCUGCUGAAUCAGUAGCUGCGUCCACGCGGGACUUGUUGAAUAAGUGA